AUGGAUUUCCUACCACAGCAUCCAUACACGCGACACGCGCCACCGCCUCCGCGUCGCCAUCGUCGUCGCCAUCCUUCCAAGAGCCGCACGUUCUCUUCCGCCGUCUGCAUUCAACUCUCCGCAACCCUCUUCCUCCUCGCCCUUUGUUCCGCGCAUCUCCCGCCACGCGCAACCCUCUCCCGCUCCACGCUCCAGUUGCGGCUUCCCCUCCGCGAAUCGUCCCGCGCGCAUUUCCUCGCCGGUGCCCCUCCGCCGCCCCCGCCUCUCAGCGCAUACUCCCGCGCGUCAACCGUCCCCGCUCCGCCCGCUUCUUCCGCCUCCGCGUACGCGCAGCUGAUGGCAAUCUUGCAGCCAAUAGCGUUCGCGAAAGCCGCAGCGACGAAAAUGGGCGAAAAUCAGCCCGUCACCAUACCCUAUCCCGCCUUCCCGCCACCAGCGCGAUCAGCGCUUAGCAAACUGCUCGUACCGGGCUUCAAGUUGCAGCUAGACGUGUGGCCGUUAUACAAAGCGAACCUCUCCUUGAUGUUCUAUUACAACGACGAUGAUAUUGUCGUGCCUGUUUCCAUUUCACCCAUUGACCCAGCUUAUUCACCGGAUCUAACCGAGCUGGUUUUUGUGUACGUCAAGAUCACGAUGCAGGACACCAACCCGUCGUCGACGCCGCUCGCACCGUCUGCGAAUUGGCCGUUUGCUGCGCGGAACCCGCCCGUCCAUUCCUUCACGGCGAGCUUCUUCCCGUCAGUUAUCUCCCUUCAGGGCUACCCUGGUGCUGUAAUGCAGCCGUUUAGAACGGGCCGCGCUCCGCAGCCGCUGCCGCCGCCGCAGGCAGCAUUUCCUGCACCUAUCGCUUUCGACGGAGAUGCUGAGAAGUUUAAGUUCUUGACCACCGUGUCCAGCUUUCAGCAGCCUUACUCGUGCUUCUCGGCCGCACUUAGCGGCGCGUUCCACGUAGGUCCCUCCGAUACCCAGCGCGAGUUCCCCAGUGACGGCGGCGCUGAAAUUCUGAAUCGCAUGUGCGAGGAAGACAUGCUAACGGACCAAUUCGUCAACCUCGUUGUCCCCUCCACCGUUCCGCCCAUGCCUCCCCCGCCACCCUCCCCUUCCCCACCUCCUCCGCCCCCCAGCCCGCCCCCCUCUCCCCCUCCCCCCCCGCAAGCACCAGUCACAGAGCCUAUUGCCCCACCUCCUCCGCCUCCCGCGGGGGGGAGCAAUGUUGGGGUGUUUAUAGGCGUGGGCGUGGCGCUAGGGGUGCUACUGUUGGCGGCUGUUGCGGGCGUGCUAUACGUCUGGCUGGUGCGGCGGAAGCAGAGGGAGCAGGGGGAUAAGAACUUGGACAGGGGCCGCGCGGCUGUGUUUGCUGCAAUGCACUCUGCGGGUAAGAAUCGCUGGUGGUUUGGCGGAAAGGGGAGUGGAGUGGGGGAGAGUUUGCGGAGUAAAGGAAGCAAGGGGGAGCUGACAAGCAAGCGGAGUGAGGGGGAUACUGGCGCGGAGAAGGAUAGCAAGGACCUGGCAAAUGUGGGGGGCACGGAGAGUGAAGUUUUCACAGGGGAGAGUUCCAUGGGUGAAGGUGUAGGGGGUGAUAUCAGAGAAGGCAGAUAG